UGUAUGUCUGUGUGUGCAUAUAUACAUAUAUAUUAUUGUUUUUAGCAGUAUUUUAAAAAUGACUUUAUUGUCUUUAUAGAAAUGAUGUAUAUUUGUACUAAAAAUUCAAGCAACACAAAAAAUGUAAAAAGAUGAGAGUGGAAACAUCACCCCGAUCCAUUGGAUGAAUGUCCUUCAGACAGCUCUCCAUGCCUCCGUUCACCUAGAACAAAUAGAAUAUGCAUAUACGUGUUGUCAGAAAUACUUUUUUAUACUGAAAAAGAGUCACUGAGUAGUAUUUUAGAGCUGAGAGACACCUCUGGCUCUUUAGCUUUUGCAUUGGCAGGGCUGGGCUGCACACCCCUUGAGGACAGGCCACCCCUCAGGUAGGUUUAUGCACUUCCCACCCUUCAUUGGGCCUGGCAUUCAGGCCGUCAAUAACUGUAGCGUGAACUGAAGGGGCCCUUAACACAUCACUCAGCCGUCCUAUGGAAUAGGAUGGCCCAGGAGCUGAAAUCACCUACCAAGAUCCCACAGCUAGUUUGGGCACAUGUGAGACUGGAGCUGGUGUUCCUGAGUCCCGUUUCAGCUCUUUCUCCCAUUCCCAUGGGACUGAGCGGGACUGAGCUGCGUAGCCAAGUGGCUCAGGGCACAAGCUUGGAGUCAGACACACCUCGGCUUGAUUCUGCUCUGACUCUUCCCCAUGACUUAGUAGCUGUGUGACGUCUCUUCCCCACAUAGUUUACUCACCUCAAAUGGCUGUUGUGAAGAGUAAAUGAGAUAAUGCCUAAAAGCCUUGUAGCAUAGGUCCCAGCAUGCACCAGGUGCCAAAUAAAUGUUAACUGUAAUGUUACUAUGUGUAGUAAUAGCAGCGGUAGUAACAGUAUCGUUAUUUUCUUCUUCUACUGGAAUUGUCACUUGGAACUCAAAGAAAGCUCAUCCCUCCCCCCACCUCCACUCCCCUCAGAUUCCUAGUUGUAGGUGGGACCCAUUUGUAACUUUGACUUUUGCUUUCUUCCUGCCAUUGGGAGGAAAAGAUUCUUUCACGUGGGCAUCCUUUUCCUGUAUUGCGUCAGCCCCUGGUUGGCCGUUUGCAUUUGGUGGUCAAGGUUCGUGUGGCUUCUCCCUAUAUGUGGUGCUGCCUUCACGAGAGCUUCGCAAAUAAUUAUUCUAAGCUCUUCAAACAGAAACCUGGGCAAAGGGCUGGGUGCAAGAUGUCUGGCCUUCCUGGUCGCCCCUGCAGUCUGCUGACUCAGCAGCCGUUCCAGGGCCCUCCUCCAAGUCCUGGGUCUGUCGGGUCACUAAUGGAAUCUGCUAGAAGCAAAUUAACUCAUGACAAAAGGGCUCACAAAUCACUCCAGCUGCUAUUGGUGUCUGCCCCAGGACGGCUAGGACUUGCCCAUCCACGCAUCAGUCCUCACCCGCCUCGUACCUCUCCCGGGGAGCCCCACUUUCUCUUGCUUGGUGCUGAGGCGCACAGGCUGCCCUGGAAUUUCUGCCCCCACAGCAGAGCUGUGGCCUGUGCACGUGAGAAGGCCAUCUGUGCCGCUUGUCACGCCCUCCUGUGUGGGAGGCCUGAGAGCUGGCCCCAUGCAUUAUUCACACUUCUGGGUUUAGGUUGGCUUAUUAACCGUUUGCUCCAAGUCGAGGCUGGGAACAGCAGGACAGGUCGAGAAGGAAACAGCUAUGCUCCUAAGCCUGGCCAUGGUCUCUCCUUUCCUGGUCAAAUGUGUGGUCUUUUCAAAAUAUUGUCUCCUGUAGGAUGGGAUCCAUACUCCACAUGGCCCUAUCCAGUCCCCCAGAAUUCCUGGAAUGCAGUCGUGUCGUCCCCGCCCCCCCCAACCCAUGCAUGCUUUGCGGGUCCUUCACAAAGCAGGCUGGGAAAUGCUUGCUUCCAGAAGUAACAGGCUGCCACUGUGACCUUUUUCCUCCUCUCUCUCCUCACCUCUCUUGCCUCCCCCAAAGUUGCCUCAUGGAUUCCUGAGUGAAUUGAGGGUGUUCUGGUGGGAGGGCCUGCUGGCUGCAGGAGAGGUGAUAAGAGAAGAGGGAAAGCUUGUUCUCCUGCUUCAGAGCUAGCUCCAGGGGAGGAGGACUUUGGAGGGUCAGAGAACCCCCAGCAGCGUCCUGUGGUGCCUGCAGAAGAGAAUUUGAGUAUUGGAAUGGGGUGGGGAAGUCACUACUGAUGUGUCUGGGGUAGAAGGAGCCGCGGACAUCCCUCUCCAUGCUCUGUCUGUGGAGAAAGUCUCGAGGGGCUGUGCCCUGCCCGAGGCCAUCACCUGGGACAGCAUGUGAAGGCCCCAAGCAGAUGCCAGGCCAUAGAAGACACUCAUUGAACGCUUGUUUCUGUCUUUCCCUCCCCUUCACCGAGCUCGUUGAUAGCAGUGGUUGAUGUAGAUUCUAGCAUGUAAAUUUCCUGACAUUCCCUGCCCUAAAAUAGAUUACACUUGAGUGCAGGUCUUAUGAUCUGGGGCUCCUGCUGGUCACUCCUGCCUUCAGCCAUUCAGGUCCCAGCAAACAGCACCCAGGUAUUCACUCCUGAUGCCAUCUUCUCUCCUGGCCUCACGAUCCAGGGUUGUACGUGUUUGCUUUGGACCAUAGUGGCACAUAGGUUAUAUAGUGGCUCAGGGGAGUCCUUUGCUUUCCCCACCGACCCCUCGGCUAGUGGGCCUCUGAGAUUCUUAGUUAAAAGGCUCCCUGUAAAACUAAGCUGUGUAAGGCUGUAAAACUAAAAAGCAGGGUAAGGAGGAGCUCCAGGCUGCUCUAGAGGAGGCCUGAGUUCUGUCUCUCCCCGGGUGGCCGAGUCCUCUAGACACAACCCAGAGAGGUCUUCACAGACCGAUACCACUGCAAUGCACGUCAAUAUACUGAACAGACCAAUGCUGCUUCUACAAGCCAUGCUGCCCUGGUCAGUUCAUCACUCUGUGCCUCAGUUGCUUGUCCUGUAAAUUGGAGCUAAUAAUAACGUUUUACUCUCUCACCAGGGAUAAUGAUGAGAUGGCACAUGUGAAAUCUCUUUGAAAAGAAGUCAAAGGGUGGGCUCCCUUCCUACUUCCUUCAUUUGUAUUUUUUUUUUUGUCGUGGCAAAUAAACUAUUUGUGAUUUCAUUUCAUUCACCUCACAGACAAAAAGGUAGUGAGGCAGGUGUACAUCAUCUUUGCUUAAUAAAUCAGAACGAUCGUCACUGGGGAGGCAGUCCGGGAGCUGGUGGAAGCUGGGCCUUGGGCCUCCCAGUUUGGCCUUCCUGCUCCUCCCGCCUGUUACUUUUUCAUAUUCCAUAUCAAAGUCUCCAUCCUUCUUUCAAGUCCUAUGUAGUCUGGGCUCUGAUCAUCUGGGGACUGCACAAUUCUUAUUAAUAUUAAAGGUGAGGGUUUUCCUAGCCUACUUCCCCUUGUGUCUAAAUCAGUCUUGGAAAGGAGAGGGUAAAAGUGGAAUUGGAAGGACAUCUGUGUCCUCGAAGGAAUGCAUCCUGGUUCAGUGCAAAUCCGGGCUCCCUCUGGUGACCUUAAGGAUUGUGAUGUGGGAGGCGUGAAUGGGAGCCGAUUAGUGGUGGAACUUCUGUGACGUUUAGAGGUUUCAUUUCAGGGUGAGGCUGAAAUCGACAAUUUGAUCCUGCUGCCCAGCUCUGCCGGAUACCAGGAGUUCAAGAAGCCCAGAAUGUCCAUUUUCCUUCAUUUCAGACUCCCCAUCCCUGGCGUGCUGAUAACAACUGUAUCUCGCUGUGUUCAUGAGAAAAACAGAGUUAAGUGAAAAUUUGGUAAAUGAAUUGGAUUUUCCUAUUGGCCUCAUCACUUCAACCCUGUUUUUUAACUUCAUUUCUAAUUACUUGGCUACUGCUAAGGGCCCUUGGAGAUUAGAUCUUCAUUUCUCAAGCUUCCAACUGAAAUAUUCUCUAAAUAAACACUUAAGUGAUGGAAGAGGCUGGUGUCACUUGACAAGUCCAUUCUUUAGGAGAAGAAAAAGAUGAUUUUAACAAUUGGAGGGAUUCCACCCUAUCCAUUUGUUUUGUGAGUUUGUGUGUCCUGGGCAUUCGUAGUAACCGGGAAGUGGGAGCGGGAGCCGUGUCCGACUUGUGUAGAAUGACGGCUCUUCUGCCAUGUUGCUCAGGUGACCCCUAGGGAAGUCAAGUCAGGAAGCCUGAGUGGUUUCCUGGAACUUGGGGCCACAUUUCUGACUCAGUGCCCGCCUGAUGCCGCUUCACCCUCCGCCUCUGUGAAGUGGGUUUCAAGAUACUGUACUUUCUUAGCUCUUAGUAUUCUGGAUGAAGUGACCCCAGGGUUGAAAAUACCGGGAUGAAAAUUUGUAAUUCUUUUGUGUGUAAAAGACAGCAAGACAUUUCCAAAACUUACUGGCUGACUUUGCAUGGGCAUGGGGACAAAAUGCCAUACUUGGAGAAAGAGAGAUGAUCUUAGAGUAACUUUUCCAUUUUAGAAUUUUAAACGUUUACAAAGUAACAUGCUGAUUAAAGAUGCACAGUACAGAAGGGGAUAAAAUAAGACCAAAAAAAGAGAGAAAAAAUAAAAACUUCUUCCCUAAUUGCCCAUUCCGCUCCCUCCAGUUAAGGACAGUUUUUGGUAUACCCUUCCAGAUCUUUCCUAUGCCUCUGAAAGCAUGCAUAUGUAUACGCAAGGCUAUGUCAGAAUAGCUGUUGGUAGUUGAAUUAAAAUAGACAGUUGUCGUUUGUAGGAUAUUUUCCUUUAUUUCUUUGACUCUAUGGUAAAUUGAGAGAAAACUCAUUUGGAUCCUUUAGGAAAAUCCUUUCUAUAAACACUUAAAUAUCUCCAAUAAGCCUAUAAUUUGCACACGGCAUGGGCUCUCUUUAGUGACACAAACAGUACAUAGUAUGUGGCAAAGAAAGUUAUUCCAAGUUUUUAACAAAAUGCAGGCUAAAAACAUUCAAUGUAGAAAUCAGUGUGUAAGGUGGUAACACUGACUGGGGGGUGUUUUUAUAACAUUUGAUCAGUGGCAAACAAUUUUUCCAGGUAUCUCAGAGCAAAAUAUUCAAGGCUGAACACAUGUGAAACGUGAGAAUGUGUGACGUUUACUGCCAAACACAGUGACAGGCUGCGAUCCCUACAAGUGUGAGCUGUCGGAGGCUCAGGAUCCGGUCUCUUAAGAUGGAAAGACCAGCCACGCAGGGCAUCGCCUCUGUUUACACACACAAAUCCUUCCCCCUCCCUAUUUCGGGAAAGAGGGGUGGGGGUGGGGGGGUGGCCUAAACAGGCUGAAUGUGGCUAAUUGGAUCCAGAUUUCAGUUUUUCCUCCUCCCACAGACUUAGUGGUCAUUAGGCUAAAGAAGGGGUUUUGAGCCCAAGUCCAGUAAUUUGAACUCUUUCUCUGGUUCCUGGCUUGGUGCACACAGUGCCAUGCUUAAGACUGCGACCCUGUUUCGCUUUGCAUCCUCCUCUGGGAUGGAGCACGGGGAGCCUUGAGGGGCACCCUCAAAGGCAGAGGCUUCUCCGCCGCCUCCUUUGCCCCAAUUCUGAGGUUCAUUCUUCUCCUGCAACUUGAUUCUCUCCAGAGAACCAGAUCUGGGGCUCAGAGCCCAGUGCUCCCUUUUCUCCUCUGCCCUCCCUUCUACUACCUGUGGCACCUCUUAGCUUCCACAUCCUCAAAAGGGAUAAUGUUCUCCUUGAAAGCAUCUUUUGAGGAUUAAUUGAUGUUUUUUCUAUGCUUUGAAGAGAGAAUCCUAUCAAGUCGCUCUGCUGUCCUCAAAGCUGGCCUUGGUUCCAGCUGGUGCCAGGCCUGGCCAAUCAGGAUGCAGGGUGAGUGGGCCUCUCAUUGGCUGCCUUUCUGGGCAUAUCGUUUUGCCUGCUCAUUACCCACAGUAGAAGGGCGAUUACCCAAAUAGGAGGCACAGAUCCACAAGUGGACAUUUUGUACAUUGUACGUUUUUCACUUGGAGAAAGAGUAUUUGCAUCAAAAUGAUCAUCCCUUGGGAAGUGAAUUUGUGGCCAUCUGUGACAUUUUCUCAUCUGAAAAUUGUUCUUUCCUCUCUCUCUUUUAAAGCUUUGUAAGUGUAGGAGCAAGAGUAGUUAUAAUCUGCCACCUCUCAAAGAAGUCCCUUUGCCAGGCCAUUCAUAUGGUAACGGCGUGUGGUUUGAGGAGGAAAAGGAUGCUACCUACUUCGUGAUAAGCAUUUUCAUCUCAAUGAAUUCUUUGUUAGAGUUGUUUAAUCAAAGAAAUGAAAGUUGCAACCUACUUACUGGAAAGAUCCAGAUAAUCCACUGUGAGUUAAGAACCGGAGGGUUCUAAGGAGAAGAUGGAUAAGAAAAAGAAAAAAAAAGAGUUUAAGGACAGACCAAACAGGGAGCAGAAGAAAGUAUUAGUCAAAGACAUCUUAGUUGUCUUGUCAUCAUGGGGGACAAGGCUGGAGGACAAAGCCAGCCAAGCAUGCUAGGGUCCUCUUGCAGGUCCUAGGGUGGGUGUCAGGACAUGACGAGAGAUUGAGGACCUGCUGCUGACCAUUCCAAUGGGGCAUUUCAAGGGGAGCCUUCAUUUCCUUGGCAUUCCUGGGAGCCUCUAGGCCCUGAGCCUCGUGACGUCCCUCAAGCACUUAGGGGCUUGUUUCUCAGCACAGGUCUUAGCAAUAGAAAUCACUGUUUCACGUAUCUGAAUUUUAUUCCUGGCUUCGGGAAAAAUUGACCUGGCAGUCCUGAACCUUCAUUCCAUCAAGGCAGCCACCAGCAGCUGCUGCCCCUUUUCAUGGGGCAGCGGGACGGACACUGUCUGGUUCAUCAACUGGAGCAAAUGCUGACUUCUCACCUGUCUGGGAUGUUAAUGAGAAGAUAGAGUGUUAAUCCAGAAGCAUAUAUGUGAGCACACACGUGUAUGCACUGCCCCCUCCCCCGCUCCAUGUCAUCAGGAUUCAGGCCUAGAGGGGAUUACCUUAUAGAAAAGUCCACCUCAGCAGGUUCAGGGUGUAUAAUCUGAACGACAGAUUUGAGAAAAGUUAACCUUGGGGUGAAUGAGGAGCAUCAGAUUAUCAUGGCACAGCAAAAAAGAGAUGUUUGCGACCUGUGUGUUGAAAAAAUAAAGUGGCUUUCUCUGCAGUGCCCCUGGGUUUGGAGCAGCCAUUUGGAUAAGGGUAGUGACUAGAGAGAGACAGGGUCGAGGGUCCUGUCUUUACACCCCUGUGAUGCUCUGGACAGUGCCUGGGAUGUCUCGGAGCUUGAGAAAUGUUGCCUAAUUGUAGCCAGCCAUGGAUUUGCUGAGGAACUCAACUUUGAGACCUGGAAGAAUAAUUUCUGUUCUGCCUUUCUCAGUUUGCUCUUCAGCAAAUUGGAGACACUACAGCAGGCAUUGCAAACUCAAAUGCCCCCGGGGGCCUGGCAGGCCAUGUAAACAAGCUCAGGGAUGUCUGGAUGCGAAAAGUAGAAUAGGGAGUAGAGAGGACUAUGGUGAACUGGAAGUUCAUGCUCAUCCAGCCGGAUGUCAACUUUGACUCCAGCCACUUGUGACAUAGGAAGGCCAGUCCAGCGUUGCCAGGGCUCCUGAUUUUUCAGGAACGGCUUGAAGUCUGAAUAUGUAUAUGAGCUCUAACAACUUUUGAUGUAACUAACUGACUUAGCAAAAAGCACAGUGCAACCAAACAAAACAUACCCAGGGACUAUAUUUGGCCCAUAGGCUCUAGGUUUGCAAACUCUGGCAUGAAGCCUACUUGGCACCUCCCCACCUGCCUGCUGACUCUAUUUUGCUGAACUUAGGGCACGAGGAGGAAGGAGCUGGUGGAGAUUAAGAAGGCUGUGAGGACAAAGGUAGGGUGAAGGUGGGAUGUGAAACUUGGACUACACCCUUACCAGGCUGGACGGGCAGAUCUGGAUCCUGUUGGCUUCAGCAAGGAGAGUUGCCAGGCCUGGCAAAAAUUGUGCAUGGAGGCAGCUGAGGAGAAAGGGCACAGGCUGUGGGUGGCAGCAGCGUGGGCAGCAGGGUGCAGAGGUUGGGGCAACAGGGGCAGCCCGGAGAGCAGGAGAUAGCAAGAGGGAGCUAGGUGGACCCUGGGGCCAAGGCUGUUUGCCCUCUGCCCUGCUGCAGCCUGGUGGGCGUGUGCAGCCCCUCACCAACGAUGCACACAGGAAAAGUGUCAUGGUCACACUAGAAGCUCUGUUCAUUAGACAUCUACUCAGAUAAGCACAAAACUUGGUCCAACCCUCCAAAUUUGUAAUGCUAGUUGUCACACGUGAAGAGAGGCAGAGUAACAUGGUGGAUAAGAAGAGAUCAAGUUGAGGGCUCAAACAACGUGGGGUUGAAUCUGAGCUUUGUUGCUUAUUAGCCUGUGGCCAGGGCAAGUUUCUUAACUUCUUUCUGAGCCUGGUUUGCUCAUUUGGGGAUAAUAGCUCCUACACUGUAGGGUCAUUGUGAGGACUAAAUGAAAAUGAAUGCCGUCGUGUGGGUGAAGUGCUUCGCACGGUCCCUGGCCCAUGGUAAGUGCUCAAGCUGAGCUCAUUAUUGCAAUGAGACAAGCAACAACGUCAGCGAACGUGUGGUUGAGUACUAAACCCAUCGUCUCAGCAGAGUCGGCACAGAUGCAGAAGGUCACUCCUCCCCUACUGCAAACCCUUCCCUAAACAUAGACCCUCUGGCCUGAGCUCCUGUUUGCCAGGAAAGCGGGAGACAUUGUACCCACCUGGAUGAGGGUUGUCUACUGAGCUUGGCUGGGUCUGUUUGAUCCCACUACCACCUGGUUUACAUAAUAAUGUUUUCAUUCACCCAACAAAUAUUCACUGGGCAACUGCUAUGUUCCAAGUGCUAAGAGAGGGUUUUAGGGAUGCUGAGUAGAAUAAGGCAAGGUCUGGGCCUUAAGGCGCCGAAUCUUGCAUAUAAGGGUAAGCUGCUGUAAAAGAGACAUCCCCGAAUAGAAUGGCUAAAUGACAGUUUGUUUAUCAUAUAAGUCCUAGGACAAGCACACCAGACUAGCAAAGUAGGUCUGUGAAGUCAUUCUUGGACCCAGGUGUUUUACUCUUCUGCAUCUCUAAGUCUUUUAUGAUGUGGGAAGUAGGAGGUGAGGAAGUACAAGGCAAGCAGCUUGUCAUUAAUGAGCUUCCACUCACAUGCCAUGGGUCGGAACUCAGUCACAUGGCCACAAGCAGCUGCAAGGGAUGCUGGGAAAUGUAGUCCAGAGCAGAUGGCAAGGUGCUCAGGUAAAACUUGGGGGUGGAGGUUACAAAAAGGAAGAAGGGAGAAUAAAUACUGAGGGGCAGUUAGCAGUUUAUGAUUCAGAGGGACAGAGAAGUAAAUGAAUGCUCCCAGCACAGUUAGGUCAAUGCUCCUCUCAAGAGCAUCAGCUGUGAUCCUUGAGUAAAGAAAUAUGUUGUGACCCUCCUGGGCAUGGAAUCAGACUUUGGGUUCAAAUCUCAGCUCUCUGCCUGGCACCUACCCUACAGGGUUGGUGUGAGGAUUAAAUGAGUUAACCCUAAGACCGUGUCUUAGGACACGGUCUGAUCCAGAGUCAGUGCUCCGGAAGUGUGAGCUAUUACUGUUGGGGAGUGAGGGUGGGAUAUGUUCGAGAAAGUCCAUUGACUUAAGGAUAUCUGGGGGAUUGCUCAUGGAUUCGCCAUCUCUUAGUUUUAUAGCUUCCCACAGGCCUUGUCUCUCCGGAUACAACAUUGGGCAUUGAACCCUUGGCCCUUCUCAUCAUUGAGAAAUGUUAAUGAAGAUAAACAAGGCCAUCUGAAGGGGCUGGUGUUUUGAAAAAAUAAAAUCAAUUUGUAUUUGCCUGGACUGGACCUAGGGGAGGAAUUUAGAGAGGAUGUUUCAAGGUCAUAUGCAGCUUUCUAUAGCUUGAGUAGGAGCCAGUGAAUUUAAUACGUGGUCCACAGGCCUCUGUGGGAAGAAUAGGAGCCCCUCUUCCUGGGUGCAUCUCCAGGUAAAGAGCUCUGGAAAUUACUUAAAAACUCUGCUACUUACUAAAUAAAAGGGAUAGCAAUCAGUGAGGCCUCACAGGAGGCUGGGGAGACCUUUGUCCUGGGGGAAGGCCCUGGUGGCCUUUCUAGGGCCCUUCAGCAACAGGAGAAAAAUGGAAAGGCCGACCCUACUCAGAGCUGCCCUGGCGGGAGUUGAGGUGUCCUCUUACCGGGAGCCAGUGUCCUGUGAUAUGCAGAGUGUAUCACAUUUUCCAUCUUCUGCAGGUGUCAUGUGGAAAGAGAACUUUCCUUGCUUCAGAACAAGAGCCUUAACUUUCCUUGGCAAUACACAUACGAGAUAGAUUUCAGCAGAAAAAUAAAUAGACGUUGGAAAAUGGUUUCCAACCAGCUUUCUGCACUGUCUCAUCUUUGAGGGUCCAAGGAGCUUUCAUGCCUUUUUUUCCCCAGGUCUUGGAAUCGAACCUCACACUACUCUGGAAAGUAGCAUUGGAUGCUGUGUCACAAUGGGCACCAUUUUUGACUCUCUAAAGGCAUUUAAUUGACUCCCAGGCGAUGGGGUGGACAUGAGAGAAGGGAGCACAUGUUGGAGGAUUCAUAUGUGUUUAGGACACCACGUGUACCUGUGGAGAGGCCAGCAAAGGCUUGGGGACCAAUUCUACAAGGAAGCCAUUGAACACUGUCGGAGUUAUAACUCCCGGCUGUGUGCAGAGCGCAGCGUGCGUCUCCCUUUCCUGGACUCGCAGACCGGGGUGGCCCAGAACAACUGCUACAUCUGGAUGGAGAAGAGGCACCGAGGCCCAGGCCUCGCCCCGGGCCAGCUGUACACAUAUCCUGCCCGCUGCUGGCGUAAGAAGAGACGAUUGCACCCGCCUGAGGAUCCAAAGCUGCGGCUGCUGGAAAUAAAACCUGAAGUGGAGCUGCCCCUGAAGAAGGAUGGGUUCACCUCAGAAAGCACCACCCUGGAAGCCUUGCUCCGCGGUGAAGGGGUUGAGAAGAAGGUGGAUGCCAGAGAAGAGGAAAGCAUCCAGGAAAUACAGAGGGUUUUGGAGAAUGAUGAAAAUGUAGAGGAAGGAAAUGAAGAAGAGGAUCUAGAAGAGGAUAUUCCCAAGCGAAAGAAUAGGACCAGAGGACGGGCCCGUGGCUCGGCCGGUGGCAGGAGGAGGCACGACGCGGCCUCUCAGGAAGACCACGACAAACCUUACGUCUGUGACAUCUGCGGCAAGCGCUACAAGAACCGGCCGGGACUCAGCUACCACUACGCUCACACUCACCUGGCCAGCGAGGAGGGGGAUGAAGCCCAAGACCAGGAGACCCGGUCCCCACCCAACCACAGAAACGAGAACCACAGACCCCAGAAAGGCCCAGAUGGGACAGUCAUUCCUAAUAACUACUGUGACUUCUGCUUGGGGGGCUCGAACAUGAACAAGAAGAGUGGGCGGCCUGAAGAGCUGGUGUCCUGUGCAGACUGUGGACGCUCUGCUCAUUUGGGAGGAGAAGGCAGGAAGGAGAAGGAGGCAGCGGCCGCAGCACGCACCACGGAGGACUUAUUCGGUUCCACGUCAGAAAGUGACACCUCAACUUUCCACGGCUUUGACGAGGACGAUUUGGAGGAGCCUCGCUCCUGCCGAGGACGCCGCAGUGGCCGGGGUUCACCCACAGCAGAUAAAAAGGGCAGUUGCUAAACCCACGGAACAGACUCUGGGCAAUUAGCCAUCACCCUCUGACUUUGGUCAUUGUUCUGGUUCUGAGAUUUUUUUUUUAAUGAAAGACAACUUUAGGUUUUCCCUUCCUCCUUGCUUUUUCCUCUCACCUUCCACGCGCCCCUCCUCUCCCUCUGUCUUGGGUAUGUACAACAGAAGCACAAAGUACUGAAGCGAAACAGAACAAAAACGCAGAAUAACAGUCCUUCAGAGAGAUGGCACCACGAUGUCCUAUUUAUUUUCCAUAGAAAUGGGAGGUUAGCGGAUUAUCUCUUUUUUUGGGGGGGAGGGCAUCUUUUUGACAUGAGCAGAGUUGACUUCCUCCGUUUUCCUAUUGGCAAAAUGAAGAGAGGAGGAAUGUUGGGUUUGGAAACAAAGAACCAAUAACAUUAAAAAAUUAUUAUUUAUGUAUUCUAGCUAUUAUUAGAAAUGGACUGGCUUUUUGAGAGAGAGAGAGAAGGGAAAUCAAAGGAGUUGAAGUAAUAUCCGGUUUAGAAGAAAGCCAGUGGGGGGAGGACUGAUUCAAGGAGACCGAGGCAGGAGGAUUCCCUCCACAGGAGAUGAUUGCACUUUCCGUAUCCCAUGGAGUCUGUGGCUCCCCACGGCAGCCCCUUCCCCAUUUCUGCUCCCUGACCUUUCCAUCUUCCUCCCUGCUUGCAAGAAAAUGUCAGCAGUUCCUGAGAAGUCCGGGCCACCAGAGUGUGGCCUCCCCCCAGCGCCUGGGCCCCGACCCGCAGCACCUCAUGGGCAACUCCUCUCCGUCAGUAGAGCUGCUGUUGUGUUGUUGUGGGUGUUUUUUCCUCACUUUCCUCCUGGCGAAGAGCAAUUUCCAAAUGCAGGAACGGAACAUAAGCAGAAAGUCCUGGACUCAGCAGUGACUAAACAACCGGAGGCUGUGCUCAUGGAAGCAAGAAUGAUACCUCACAGUAGAUUCCCCUGCCUCGCCCCUGUUUACAAACGUAUAAAUUGCUGUUGGAUGA